CAUCACCUGAUAGAAGAGACUAUCCAAUUAUUCCUUCAUCAACAUUCCAACCGAAAGUAAUUGAAACAUAGAAAAUUCCCGCUGCUGUUACUUCCGUAAAUGGGUCACCGACAUGAUGCCGGUGACAACUACCACGCCGCCGUGGAUGGUCUAGUAAACCUCUUUACCAAGGCAAACAACGAUCUAACCGUUGUCCACAACCGCCUUGACAAGGAAUUUCGCCAAAUUUAUCCUGAUAACGUGAAUCCGAUGAAGCUUGUGUCCAGAAUUAAAAAAAUGCAAGAUGAAUUGCCUUCUCUUAAAGAACAAUGCGGUGAAUUACUGUCUGCUAAACAGGAUUUGAUUGAUAAAGCAAGGAAAACUAUAGUUGGGAACAGGGCAUCAUUGCAAAGGGUGCAACGCUCAAUGGGCAUGCCCGUCACCAGUGAUUCCGAUGAUUCUGCUUAUACAAGCUUUAACGAGGUUAUUGAUGAAUGGACCAUGCAAGUCAGAUCUAGAACAGGUGAUGAGGGCCAUGAAGGUUCGGAGGAUAUUAACAAGAUGCUAUUCUCAGCAAUUGUUGAAGGUAACUGAAUGACUUAUAUUGAUUGACACAAAAUAUAUGACGUGCAAGUAGUUAAACUGUAUGAAAGAUCCUUCUAUGUAAUAUCUGCUGUCUCUCAUUUAUGCAUUUUUUAUAUACUUGAUUAUAUCCUAAGCAUUGUGUUUGACUUCAUAUGAAAGGCAACUGUCGUUGCAACGAGAAGGUUGCUUUUUUCUCAUAUUUUAUGUUGAUUUAAAUC